AUGAGUAUGAAUCAAAUUAAGACUAGUAUUGCGACAACGAUUACAUCGAGAACGCCACGUCAAGAUGCACAAGGUUGUUGGUACGAAUUGCUUUCACCAACACAAGUGUUCACUGAACAAUCAAAUAUGAAUAUGGGUACGAAUCUACAUCAGCAGCAGACGAAGAAAAAGAAGAAAAAAUCACACGGUAAUCGAAAAGAACAACAUCAGAGAAGAAAGAUGCGUCGUCAACAACAACAACAAAAGCAAAUGAAUAAUGAUUCAAAUUACAUGAAUGAUGAUGAUGUUAUGAUUAUUGAUGACGAUGGUGAUGUUAAUGAGGGUAACAAUGGUUUAAAAUAUGAUCAAGUUCGAACAUAUUCACUGCAACAUCAUCAAGAAACAAAGUUAGAGAAUGAACGUAAACGGCAAGCACUGACUCCGAUUGAUAUCAAUGUCACUCGAUCCUUCAGUCAAUUAUCAGUAUCACAAGAAACAAAACAGAAGAAGAAAAAAACAACAUCAAAUAUUCGAGAAGAGAAGACCAAUGGUGAGAUGAAUUCAUCAACGGAUACAAAUAACAUUCAGCGAUUGAAGCCGAAGUAUUUACAUGUCUCUGAUCAACGAUUCAAACAAAUGUUAUGCGAUGCUACUCAAAAUAGUGUUCUGAUUAUGGCGUGGUUAAAUACCAAUGAAAAAGUGCAUUCUAUUCGGCAAAUGACUGAAGCUACUAAUCAAUUGCAAUAUCUCGAUUUGCAACGGCAAUUAUGGCAAGAACACUUGAAUCUUGGAAUGAAAGACGGCAAAUGGAAUGUUCAUGUGUCGAAAUCUUACGCCAAACAACAUAGUACAUGCCGGUCAUAUAGUUUUCCUCGACACACUAUUGAACAGCGUUUACAAACCAUUCAAUCUCAAAUACGAUGCACUAUCCAACAAUUACAACAACAUCUGAUCCAAUUACAACAAUAUGCACAAGAAUGGCAACCCACCAUCGAUGUUAAUCUCUUAUCAAAUGCAGUUAAUGAAUGUAUACACUUAGCCAAACAAAUCUGGCAAACAACGGCAAAUGAAUUAAAGACGAAAGAAACUGAAGAACUUCUUCGUAAACGUAUCUAUUUACAACGAUUACCGAGUGAAAUCGAUACGAUUAUUAAUAAAUCGAUGAAGGAUCUUCAAGUUUUACUUGAAAAUCCGGCUUUGAAUAAAGAUCGACGUGCUAGUUUAAUAUCCGAUAGUUCCAAAACUAUCACACAAUAUAAAUUUGAUCUAAUGACGAUCAAUCUUGAUACAUUGCAAAAUAUUAGACAUGGCCAUCAACAAGUACUGGUCGAUUUACAUACGAAAUUAUCACGAUCGAUUUGGAGUGAUCUAUUGAAACGAGCUAUUGAAAAUCGUCAGCAAGCGAUAGUGUUAGGUUGUCAACAAAGUUUUGGCGUUUUUUUCAAAAAUUUUAUUUUUGUUUUUUCACUUCAAAAAGGAAAAUAUGCAUUUUCAACUUUGGAACAAACCUUACGUGAUUUAUAUUCAAAACCAUUAUCAAGAAAGUUACUGCGACGUGCUCAAUAUGAAUAUAAAACUAUUCGAAGUAUUCAACGUCUAAUGAGUAAACGACCGGAUAUUGUUAUACGUCGGACAGAUAAGAGCAAAGUAUUUUACAUUGGUAAAUUAGAUGAUUUUGAACGGAAGGCACAAGAAUAUAUGUUAAAAACACAAGCUUAUGAAGAAAUUACCGAUGGUCGAUGUCCUUUGGCAGAUAAUCUACGUGCUGUACAAACGUUACUUGAUUAUCUAGUGUCUAAAAAUGGGUUGACGAAAAAACAAUGCAAUUAUUUAUUGCCCAAGCUAGGUAACUUAGAAUUAGGUCAUUAUCAUGGUCUACCGAAACCACAUAAAGUUGCUCGUGAAACAACAUUCAUUAAUAGUAUUGAUGUUGUUCGAAAAUUAGAAACAUAUGUUGCUGAUGGUCGCUUAACAUCAACAACUCGAUUCAUCACGGCUGAUGUGACGGAUCUGUAUACGAUGAUACCAAGACAAGGUGCAUUAGAUGCAUUAGCUCGAUUUUGUCUUAAACAUUCUAAACAAGGUAAAAUUGGUACAUUAGCCAUUGAUCAUAUUAUGAAAAUGGCUCGUCUCAUUUUGGACACGAAUAAUUUCGUUUACAACAAUAAAUAUUAUCGACAAAUUCGUGGUGGAGCAAUGGGUUCGGCAUUUACGCAAGUCCUCGCUAAUAUUUAUAUGUUAGAAUGGGAACGUGAUCUGAUUCAAUAUCAAAUGGCAAGACAUGAAAUCUAUGGCCGAUACAUCGAUGAUAUCUUCAUGAGCACGAAUGAAACCAUGGAUGACAUUAAGACAGUGCUCGAACGAGCAGCAACUAAAGAUGUCAAUAUUAAAAUUAAUUAUCAGAUUGAUACAUCAGUCGAUUUCCUUGAUGUUAGUAUUAUGAAUGAAGUGGGUCGAUUAAGAACAACUAUUUAUCAUAAACCGGCAGCGGAACCUUAUAUCUUACCGUAUAAAUCUGAUCAUCCACGUCAUAGUCAUCGAAACAUUCCAUAUGGGGCUUUACUACGAGGGUGA